CCACACAUCGCUCACACUAGUAGAGCGCGGCUACUCAUCUGUAGCCACCAUCUCAGCUCCACUACCGCAUCGCAUCGCCUCUGCUCCACCACCACCACCACCACCACGCCGCCCACUCGACGGCAAUGGCCGCUGCUCAGUGACGGCCCCCACCGGCCCGGCUAUGCCGGAAGACGACGCGUCCUUCCUCCUGUGCGCCGAGGACGCCUUCUUCUUUGUCGACGCCGCCACCGCCAGCACCUGCACCACCGCCGAGCAGAUCGGUGGCUGGUGCUCCGGCGCCGAGGAGGAGUCGGCGGCGGCCUCCUUCGUGGCCGAGCUCAUCGGCGGCGAGGCCGACUACUCGCCCCGGUCCGACUACUCCGACCGGCUCCGGUCGCGGUCCGUCGACCCCGCCGCCCGGGCCGACUCUGUUGCAUGGACUCUCAAGGUGCAAGAGUACUACGGAUUCCUUCCCUUGACGGCCUACCUCGCCGUGAACUACAUGGACCGGUUCCUCUCCCUCCACCGGCUGCCGGUAAGCUCGCCGCCCGGCGCCCGCCGUCCUCGCCCCGCCACGUCACCAACCCUCAACACACACAUCUCACCAUGUCAGACAACCAUGUCACGCGCGUAUCAGAUAACCAGCUCGUGCUCUGUAUCUUUCGCCAUGCAGGAGGAUGGAUGGGCAAUGCAGCUGCUAGCUGUGACCUGCCUCUCCUUGGCUGCCAAGAUGGAGGAGACCCUGGUGCCCUCCCUCCUAGACCUUCAGAUAGAGAGCACAAGAUACAUCUUCGAGCCGAGAACGAUCCUUCGAAUGGAGCUUCUCGUCCUCACGGCGCUCAACUGGAGGCUCCGAUCGGUCACGCCGUUCACAUUCAUCGACUUCUUCGCUUGCAAAGUUGACCCGAGAGGGAGGCACAUGAGAUACCUGAUCGCCCGAGCCACACAAAUUAUUUUAGCUGCGAUACAUGACAUCGAGUUCUUGGACCACUGCCCGUCGUCGAUGGCUGCCGCGGCGGUGCUGUGCGCCGCCGGUGAGACGCCGUCCCUCACAUUGCUCAACCCUAGGCUUGCAGUCAAUUGGUGCAUUGGCCUAGCAGAGGAAGGGGUGAGCAGCUGCUACCAACUAAUGCAGCAGCUGGUGGGUGGAAAGAGGGCAAAAACCACAGCAGCAGCGGCAGUUAACCUGUGCUCAGACGAGGUUCUGUCCUGUGAUUCCUCCUCCUGCACCACCCCACCCCCACCCAAGAGGAGGAAGAGGUCACCUCCACCGGUCAUCACAUGAAAACAAAGGAACGGCGAGUAGAUAAACCAUCAUUUUACAUGGUUUUUUUGGGGGAGGGGGUUAGAUUAACAGAGCUUGAUUUUGAUUUCUUGCUGUUGUUGUGUUGUUGUGAUUCUUUUUCCCAUUUGUUCUCUUCUUUUGGGGUUCUUUCUUUUUACACCUUGGUGGGGGCUCUUCCUUGCUUGGCCGUGCUAUCAUGGCGGCCCCUGCGCUGCCAGUCUGUGAAGGAUGUGGGAAAUAUCAAAGAAAGAGAGAGGGUCAGAGAGAAACAUGUGUGCUUACCACCCUGUGGCUAUGGGUCUUCACCCCGAUGCAGAACUGCAGAGGAUACAUUGAUUAGAUGCUGAGGGAAGAAGAAGCCAUGGCUGGCAUGCAAUGGCAGAUACAAGAAAAGUAAAAAUGAUGGCAAUGAACAGCAUGUUUGCAUGGCACAUUGCAUGGGGAUAGAUAGAUAGAUGUGGGUGAAAUCAUGGUGGUGGUCAAGGAGGAGUGGUCAGAGCUACAGCCAAGGUGUGGUAGUAGGGGCCUUCUCGCUGCCAAGCUCUGUUCAUAUUCAUGAGGGAGAAAUUUGUUUGUUUCCGAGUGGUUUGUUUGUUUUUUGUUGUUGAUGUUACUGAAGAGAGAGGGGGGGCAUGGUGUACUGGGAGGCACAUGCAUGCCCUAGCUAGUGUGCUGCCCUGGAGUGAAAUAUUUGUCCAUCUCCAGGCUGAACAGUGUCCGAGCAUGAGGCUUUUGGGGGCCCUUGCUAUUUGUACUUUAUUUUUCCAUCAUCAGCAAUAAAAGACGUUGCCGUUUACUACA